GGCAAAUCAGUUCUUGUAUGUUCAGUUUCCAUGUAACAUAACGUUGCUAAAGUGGCAUAGAAACUAAACGGAAACUUCAUUUCAUUCUCUUCACUUAAGCCUUACAUCAUGCAUGUGUACAGGAAGCCUAACAUGCAUAUGAAGAGUUCAGAUCUCAGUCUGUGAACGGAAACAGCUACCUCUCAUACUGUGAAAAACAAUUAUUACAGGACAUCUUACAGGAAAUCUGGUGUCAGAUUGUUGAUCUUCAAAGUGACAGUUAUGGGGCUCAUUAUGGUGUUCCUUUUCUGGUUCAGCUUUGCUCAAGAUUUUAGCGUCGACUCAUUGGAGGACAAAUAUGGAUUGAAAGGAAGUUCUAUACAUUUCAACAUUAUUGACACAAAUCAGUCAAUGGUUAAAUGGCGACGAACUGACAACGAUAUGUUAACCAAGAAAUUGAUUGCUGAUACAAGUGGUGUUUCUCCAUUUUAUAAGAAGAGAGUGAACAUGCACCCAGAUAAGUCAUUGACAAUUAAUAACCUUCAGAAAAAUGACAGUGGGAUAUAUAAGGCCCUCACAAACUGGGAGGACACAAUACUGGCUGAAUUUAGGUUAACAGUGGAGAAUGCAGUCUCUAAACCUACAAUCGUGAAUCACAACUUUAAUUUUUCCACUGGAGGGUGUCAGACCUCAGUAAAUUGUUCAGCUGAUGGAAGUUGGGCCACUUACGACUGUGACCAAAGUAUUUGUACAAAAACACAUGUCUUUCUAACCUCUACUAACAUCACUGUUACUGCACUAGACAGCAGAGAUGUUCAAUGUCUGGCCAACAACCAUGUGAGCACCAACGAAUCCACAAUUACAAUUAUGUGCCGGGAGAAACAAACAGAUUUUCGCUCACCUCCAAGAUUUGUGUUUUGGAUUGUCAUCACCCUCUGUGUUUGUGUUGUGUCGAGUUUGCUUUUGGGUUUGAUGAUAGUGUUAUUCAGAAAGCAAAAAUCUUCCAAAGUUUUCCCACAGUCUAGUUCUACCGGGGUAGAUGGUACAGCAAAUGAACAAGGUCCUGAAACUAUCUACAGCACAGUUCAGAAACCAAACUCCUUCCAGACUCCCCCAGAAAACAACACUGACAACAGUAUAGACACAACCAUAUACGACACCCCAUCAAAACAUCCAAAGGCUCAUCACGCUAACAGUGUGGAAGUAAAUCAGGAGCAAGAACGCCCUCAAGAGGACAGAACUGUAAAAGUAAGAGCUACAGUCCACCAGGUGGCAGAACCAGAUUCGGAGCAAAUCAACACAGUUUACUGCAAACUGGGAGAAAUAUGAUUUUUUGGAUUAUGUCUUCUUUUCCUGCUGUGUGUUUUACUUGCUGUGUGUAUUUUCAUUUACAUGUACAGCUGUUGGGCCUAUAUUGGUUAAUAAAUAAGCUGGUUGACAAGGAAAAGGCAGUAAUUCCAAGUGAUGAAGAAAACAAAUAUACAGCGUAUAAAAAUAUAUUUUUAAGCAAUUAAAGUCAGACGAAAUUAAUUAUAAAGAUACAGAUGAUCCAUUUUCUAAACUCUGUCUGGAUUGGAGAAACAAUUUAAUGCAACAGUGAUAGUAUGAGCAUUGUGAUUAAUUAUUCAACUACUUUUCGGAUUUAUUCAGUCAAGUUAAAUUACAUUUUAGUUCAGUUUCAUUUCAGUUAAGGUCACAAUACUGAAUGAGAACACUCACGUACAAGAGUUAUUUUUCCUUCACGUCCACACGAAAACGCAAAAACAUGUUAUGAAGCACUGUCAAGAGCAUGCCAAACCAACAGGUGGUGAUAUAACCCUAGCCAUAAUGCCGUGUUGGCCAAUCAGAAGCCUGGAAUCUGACAUCAAAUAAAGGAGAUAGUGCCGCGCAUUCCAGUGUCAUACACCAAAAUAAAAAUCUUCACACUGGCAGGAGUUUUCAAAAAGGUUCAGUUUAAGUGACCGGGUGCUGCAUUUGCGUGUGCUGGUGGGGUUUUUGCUCACUGUGGGUAUGCCAUAAAAUAACACAAUGGUUUGCAUACAUGAGAGAUGAUCUAAAGAGGCAUUUUGAAGCAGCAGUAUACUAAAUCAUCAUUAUUAUUAUUUUGCAUUAGCUUUUUUCUCUCCAAAAGGUAUUGCUGUCAAGUUUAUGAUCAUUGUGUUCAUUGACUUCAUUGUUUCCUUGUGUUUUUGUUUGUAUGUCAUUUUUUCUUUUGUUCCUUGUUUAUUAUCACUUUUGUUAUAUUGGUUUCAGAUUGGUUUCCCUAGUUAACAGUUUUCAUGAUUUUCCAUAAUUUACACCUGUGUCUAGUUUAGUUGUUCGUGUAUAGCCCUGUGUUUAGUAGCACCCUGUCUUUUCUUUUGUUGAGCAAAACAAAAAGACACUCCAGGCUCCUCCUCCACCGGCUCCAUCCCAAUCAGUCAACCCCCGGUGUCGCCAGCCCUUCCUCCACCAUGGCUCCUUCCUCUGGCGACUCCACCGUGGGCCGCCUUCAUGACUGGUCUCUGAACCUCCCCCUGACUCCUCCCUCUGGACUCUUUUAAGUCACCUGCCCCUUGCCUGCUCCACGUUCCCUUGGUUGUUAAUUGCCCCACACCUGUUUCAGUUUACCUUGAUUAAGUUUGCCCCUGUUAUUAGCCCUGUGUUUUGCCCAAUUUCUUUGACUGGUAUUGUUUGUGUAUUGCGUUGUGAUUUUUCUAGUGUUUUGUAGUGAUUUUCUCUUGUAGAUUUAUUAAAGUUCCUCAUUUGACUCUG